AUGAUCGCUUUCACUCUCCUUCUGAGCUUCCUCGUGGCUCUCGUCGCCGCCGAACCGACCACAUGCGCCAAAGGAGCCCAUGUCAUCGUAGCUCGCGGCAGUCUUGAGCCCCAGGGUCCUGGCGCCAUGGGCGAACUGGCCGAGAAAGUCCUCAAGCUUGUCCCCGGAUCUGACAUGGAAGCUCUUGUGUACCCUGCCCUGUAUAACGAGUACCUCGACUCUCAGCCCGUGGGUGUUCGCACCUUGACUUCUGUCAUCCAGGCCUAUGUGAAGAACUGCCCCAAGACCCAGCUGGUUCUCAUGGGAUACUCUCAGGGUGCUCAUGUCAUCAUGGACACCAUCUGCGGUGCAAGCUCUACCGGAUUCCCUGCCACCUUGCCCCAGCCUUCCUUCGUCACCGACAAGAUUUCUUCUGUCAUCCUCUUGGGCGACCCAAGUCUCACAGAAGGCCAGACCUUCCAUGUCGGAACUAGCGUUGGCAGCGGAAUGUUCCCUCGUAACCUCCCGGCCGGCUGCGACAGCAUCGCCAAAAAGACAGUUUCGGUCUGCGACAAGGGCGACCCCUUCUGCGAAGCUGGUGGCAAGGAUCUCAGCGUGCAUCUGGGCUACAUUCCCGUCUGGGGAGACUAUGUAGUCAAGGAGUCUGUUAAGCUGGCAAAGGCGUUCAUCAAAAAGGCCAAGGCCUGCUAA